AAUCCACGCGCAGUCGCACCCUUCAUCUUUUCUUGGGUCAAGCAUCCGACUCGCAUCUCUAGUCUUCUCUUCUCUUUAUCCAACAUUUUCGCGUCUUUAAUUCCAACUUGUUACUUGCUAUCCCUAAGUAGACAUGGGUGAAUCUCGACAGGAGCUGGUGGCAUGGCUCAACAGCCUCCUCCAGUUGAACAUCACCAAGGUCGAACAAUGUGGUACUGGUGCGGCUCUUUGCCAGGUCUUCGACAGCAUCUUUCUCGAUGUUCCCAUGUCUCGCGUCAAGUUUAAUGUCAACUCGGAGUAUGCCUACAUCCAAAAUUUCAAGGUCUUACAAAACACCUUCGCCAAGCACGCCGUUGACAAGCCCGUCCCCGUUGAGGCCCUCGUCAAAUGCAAGAUGCAAGACAACCUCGAGUUCUUACAGUGGACUAAGCGAUAUUGGGACCAGUACUACCCAGGUGGUGACUAUGAUGCCGUCGCACGAAGAAAGGGUGGAGCUCUCCCUGCUGGUGGCGGCGGCGGCGGCGCGCGAGCAACUGGGGGUGCCGGAUCGGCUGCAGCUCGACGAGGUGGCACCACGCCCACAACCGGCCCACGUUUGGGCAAGGCUGGCGGUGGCGGCGCUGCAUCGGCUGCCCUGAUGCAAGAGAACGCGACCCUAAAGGAGACAGUCGUCGGCCUCGAACGCGAACGAGACUUUUACUUUAGCAAGCUACGAGACAUCGAACUCCUAAUCCAACAGGCUGUCGAGGAGGACCCCGAGAUCGAGAAGCAGGAGGACGGUCUCAUCAAGGCGAUCCAGUCGAUACUGUAUUCUACCGAGGAAGGAUUCGAGAUUCCCGCCGAAGGCGAGGCGCUAGAUGACCAGGAGACGUUCUAAGACGCCUUCAGGGGACGGAACAAAAUUAAUGAUUAGUCAUCCAGAAAGUUGGGCGGAUGAGCCACGAACUAAUGCCGGGUGGGGAUUGUUGUAUGAUGGAAGUCAAAAAC